UCAUUUGCAGCCCUAGGAUUUCAGAGAAAGGAGAGAGGUGGGAGGAGAAAGGAAGCGGCGAAGCCCUGCCGGAUUGUUGAUCUGAAGGAAGCAGAUAUAUCGAACAAAUUAGUGUUUCAAGUCUAUUAUGGUGCCGGCCCUGCUAUGUACGGUCCUCAGGGAGUAGACAUGUCACUGUUUGAGCGUACGAGCAUUGGAAUAGAUAAACCCUUAGAGAGAAGUUUUGGUUCAAUUAAGAAAUCGCUCGAGCGUGCCUUUGGUGUCAAUCCGGCCGGAGACACAUGUGCCGAGCGUACAAGUUGUUGUCAACUAGGAGGGUGAAGCUGACACGUGGGACUUGAUGGGCAUCGAGAACACUACUGCUUGGCAGGAAUAUAUCGAUGCAGCUACAUUACGUGGGUGGCCUUUUGGCAUGCGUGUACAGUUGCAUGAAAAGCCACAACGCGUAAUAGCACAAGAUGAAGAUGAAAGGUAUCCGUCUGGAUACGUGGAGGCAGAACAACCCGACAGAGCUGAGGGCCGCCGUGCUUAUGACAUAGAAUCGCAAGGUGUGGCUGAUGAAGGGGAGAGGAUAAUAAGAAUUGUGGAUGAAAUGGAGGCUGAAGACCGUGAGGCACAGGAGAUGGAAGAAUGUGGGGACUCAUCGGACGACGAGGCAUACCCAGUGCCAACUGAGUGAAGGGGUUCGGCAACCCUAUUAUACAAGAUGGCAGAUGCCAAGAGUGGGAGUACCGAGAGAACGAGGUAGUGCAAGGAGCGAAGUAUUCAAAUAUUGAAGCCGUGAAGGAUGCUGUAAAGAAAUGGGCUGUGUCAUUAAGGAGAGAAUUUUGAGUUGUCAAAUCUGGCAGUAAGGAGUACGAGGUGAAGUGUUUGAAGGACGAUGGGUGCCCAUGGAGAGUACAUGCCUACAAGGGUAGAUGGAAAACUCACUGGGUAUGUUCUAUUGUUACGGAGCAUACCUGUGUGUUGGAUGGCGUUUAGAAAAUACACCAAAAUAUGACAUCGGACUUUGUCGCCCAAGAAGUAUAUGGUUUGAUCCUCGAACGGCUCAAUUACGAGCCGAAAUUGAUAGUCAGGCACAUAUAUAUAGAGCAGAAAGUAUCAGUACAUUAUCAGCUACGUAUGUAAGGGCAUGGAGGGCUAAACAAAAGGUGUUCGAGAUGAGAUUUGGCACGUACGAGGCUUCAUAUGAUAAUCUGCCCGUAUGUUGUCUCAUGUUGUGCAGAGAAAUCCAGGAAGCGCCUAUCAUAUCUUCCUGGUACCAAGAUCGCAAGGAGCACCAAGCAUUCUUCAGCGAGCCUUCUUCUGUCUUGGUGCAUGUGUCAGGGCAUUUCAAUACUGUGCCCCUGUACUAUGGCACAUUCCUGACCGGAAAAUACAAAGGACAGAUACUAUCUGCAAUUGGAGUUGAUUGCAAUAACCAAGUUGUCCCAAUUGCAUUUGCUUUUGUGGAGAAUGAGAACACAGACAGUUGGUACUGGUUCCUGGAACGAGUCAAAAUUCAUGUGGUUGCCGCACGGCCUAAUGUAUGCCUGAUAAGUGAUAGGAAUUUUGGACUGCUUGCGGCAAUAAGGAAACUGCAGGAAGGGGAUGGCAUAGGUCAUCCUAUUUGGCCAGACGUGCAGAACAAGUGGUGUAUUAGGCAUAUAUGGGUGUAAACUUCCAUGAACAUUUCAAGAAUAGAGACUUAAUGCAAUUGUUCAAGAGGUUGUGCACUUAGAACCAGCAAAUAAAGUUCAAUGUUCUCUGGCAAGAGCUUGAAUCGUGGGUUUAAAAAGUCGUUAGGGUUUCAAUGGUCAUACUGUGUGAACCUUGUUAUUUGUAAGUUUAAAUCUUUCAUGAUAUUUCUAUAGUCGUGUUAAUUUACAAUCAUUUCGUAGAUGCAAAACAUGUAUCGGGAGAAGCUAUGGCGGAAGAGGGGUCAUCCCCCGGAGUUAUAUCCCAACGCGUCUAGUAAGGAUGCUCCUGUUCCUCCUGACCUCCCUGUACCUAACUGUGACUGUGGGAGACCGGCUGUAGUAUUUCGAUCGAGACAUCCAGACAUGGCUCCUCAUUGCUUUUACACAUGCAGCAGUUUUAAUGAUCAUGCGAAGUGCUUUUUUCUAGUGGAUCGACGGUCCUGAUAAGUUUGACCCUAGGUACCUCCUUUUCGACCAUUGGUGGAGAGGGAGGAAUACACGUGAGCGCUUUAAGCGGUGGGUGCCUCCUCCCCUGAACCCCCCGCCAAUGACGGAGGAGGAGAAGAACCUUGCCACAAAUAGACGACUAGAGUCUCCGCCUCCAUACGAUUGCGGAGAUCGUGCUGUUAUAUGCCCGGAGAACCAGCAGGACUUUGUGUAUCCUAAUAGUGACUAUCCAUACGGUAGGCGAAAGUGUUUUUUAGAGAGUGGUUGUAUUGGCCUAAGUCUCAUUGGCCGGAGCCAAAGGAAAAGGAGAAGAAGAAAAAAGAGAGGAAGUACGAACCUGUACUAUGCAGAUGUGGUGUUGAAGCUAAGUAUGGACUAGUUCCUUCAGAGCUUGGAGUAGGAUAUUUUUGUGGUCAUAUGGUAGACUACGAAGAGGAGACCAGGAAAUGCACUUGGGAGUACUACGAUGAUAAAGAUGAAGUGAAGCAUGAGAUAAGGUCGAACAAACUCAUGGGAGAGAAGAUGCAGUGUGGAUCUCAGCUCAUUGAUUCGUACAUUAAACAGUGCGGACAGAAGAUACGUAGGUUUGCCGAAGAACUUGGCUGUAAUAGCCCGAUGCGUGUUGAGCGGAGAAAAAGGAAGGUGGCUUACGAGAAGAGGGCACAGGAGGCUAGGGAAAUGCCGGCGGCCAGAGCCGAGGAGGAAAUGCUGGACAAUCUUGCUGGUCAUCUGUGUACCAAGAUUGGAUGCACCGGGAAGCACAUCGUAGAGGAGGCCCGUGCAAGAUACGUGGAGCAGAAAAUGGCAGAGGUGGAGUUGCUGGCGGAGGAGGAAGGCGACACUUCAAGAUUGAGUGAGCUUCUGGAGCUAGCUGAGACUGGAUUACAUGUGGAGGAGGAGGAAUUUAUGUCUCAGGCUGCCGAUCAAGCAGAGGCCGCUCAUUACAAGCGAAAGGCAGAUGAGGCAAGUGCAGGUGUAAUGUUGUUGGCCCAGGAGGAGGAGAACGAGUUAAUAUCCCAGGCUGCAGAUGUGGUGGAAGCAGCAUACUACAAGAGAAAGGCCGAGGAGGGAAAUGCAGGACAAUCAAGCAAGUGGAACAAUAUUGUGAUUGAGGAUUGUGCGACGGAUGACACAGACGACGAGUUGCUUACUGAUUAUGUUUCGGACUGACUUCGCUACCCAUGUGUUUGGUAGUACCUUGUAUUCUGCAUGGGUUGUUUCAUUGUAUUGUACUCUUUAUGUAUUUGUAAUCACGAAAAAAAUUCGCAAGA